AUGGAUAGCAAGCGAUAUUCGUACAUAGAAACAGUUGAUGUGAGCUCAUUAAAUGUUGAUCAUUUUUGUGAUUAUGAAAUGGAAGAAGGAUUAUGUUUUGUAGAUACGAGGUUGAAUUUGAAGCUUCUGAGAUUUUACCUGGGAAAGCGGUAUAGAGGAUCGUUCACAGAUUCAAAUUCUUACGGACGGAAGAAUACGAAGACGAAAGCGUGCAAAUGCACUUUCGCGAUUAUGGUGCGGCUGUUUCUAGCCGCAUGGAUGGUUGUUGCAAAACCUGAGAUUACGAGUAUGCACAACCAUGACUUAGUUGUGUAUCCUGAGGGACAUCGUCAGACGAUUGGACUGAGCCUCACGUCCAAACAGAUUGAGAAAAAUCCAUAUGACUACCUUACCAGAAGACAGGUGUACAACUACAGAGAUAACCUGAGGUGGUCUGGUUUUAAGGGUAGGGACGUGGUGGGCCAGUUUUAUCAUAUGGCUUUGGAGGGCCAUUAUGUGCAUUGGACGCUUGCCGAUCCGGAAACCAGUGCGUUGACUCAUAUUUUCAUGGCGCAUCCAUAUUCUGUGAGGUUACUCCAAGACUACCGAUGGGUCAUUGGUAUGGAUUCCGCCUACAAGAUCAACAAGUAG